AUGGUCAACAGGUUACAAGGAUGGGUUAACGGUUGCACUUCACUUCUUGUGUCUCCUGCUGCGUGUGCAGUUGAGAGAGUGUACGUGGGUUUGGGUAACUGCGAGGCGACGACGAGAAGAGAUGACGUCGCCACCUCCUCCGCCUCCGCUGAGGUUCUCGUCCUACUCCCUCCUGGAGAGAUGGCGUGCAAGGCCGUGGAGUACGCCGAGCAGGACCUGACCGGCGUGCUGAACGGGCUGUCCGCGCUCUCCCUCGCCACGGGGCCCCACCGCAGGCGGGACCGCCAGGCGGCGGCGCCUGCGCACGUGCUCGUCGUGGACGGCAACAUGAGGGAGGACGCUCUCGUCGACCUUGCUCGCUCGGUGGACGAGGUGCUCAGCAAAAUGGAUCCGGAGGCUCUGAUUUCCCUUGUCGUCUUCACCGGGGUCGUUAGCGUGUACCGCCUCGGGCGAUCUGGGGCGGCGGUGGCCGAUGUGCUCCCCGGUGGGGAGACUUUGUCCGACCAGGAUGUGGACCGGCGGCUGUCCGAGGGAGAGAAGGAUCACUUCGUGCCCGUUCGCGGCGGCCGGGAAGCGCUUUGCACGGUUGAACCGGAGGCGCUGGCCGCGGCGACCGACUACUUCGAAGACCUGGGGGAGAAGGCGCUUUCGCAGGUCCUGAAGCUCCUGCGAGGGGUAGGGGACGGCACCGGCGCCACCCGACCAGGACAAGGAAGUAAACAACAACAAGCAGGGCUAGGCACCGGCCCGAGCAGCAGCAGCGGCGGCGGCGGCGGCGGCGGCCGGGGGGGGCGGGGGGGGGCUCUCGGGCGGCGGAAGGCGUGGGCGGCGCGGCGGCGGGUGCCGGUGCCAGCCCACCGGCGGCGGCGUUGUCUGGGAGCGGCGGUGGAGUAUGCCCUCAGCAUGGGAAACCCGACGAACUCGGUCGGCGGCAACGGUCUCGGCCGUACCCACCACCGACUCGUCACCGGCCGGGCGGACCCUAGGACUUCGCUGGCGCUCUACUUCGGCGGCCCUCCGAAGCCAAAGAAUAAGACGAAGAAGCGAGCGGCGGCGGCGGCGGCGGCGGCGGCGGCGGUGGGAAGUGUCUCGCGAAACGAGGAGGAUGAGCACGUUGUGUUCCAGUUCGUCAUCCGACGUUCGUCGCCGGCAGGCGACGGACGGAUAACUCGAGUCGUGACCCACCGCCUGCCGGUCACCGACGACGGGCACGGGUUCCUGCAGACCGUGGACCCAGAGGCGUUGUCGGUUCUCAUCGGAAAGGAGGCGGUUUUGCGAGCCACGUUCGGGACAGAGAGCGGCACGAACCAGCACGAGGUGGAGGAGGCGCGCGUGGCCGUCGACACCGUCGUCCAGGAGAUUAGCUCGCGCUUCCGGGACUUCCGGAAGAGGCAGCCCGCCGCUGCCGCUGCCGCUGCCGCCGCCGCCGCCGCCCACAACAACAACAACAGCUCGCCGUCGUCGACAACACCGGUCUCGACGAGACCGGAACUAUCGCCGCCGCUCCCCGCCGCCUUGAGAGGGAGGGGGUCCGGCGGCGGCGGCGGCAACGGUAGCAGUGGCGGCAGCAGCAGCGGCGGCGGCGGCGACGUGGGUCCGCCGUCGCUGGCCGACGCAGAGGGGGGAGAGGCCGGGGGAUUCUCGACGAUUGCGUCCCCGGGCGCCCUGGAGGAGUGCCUGAGGAUGAUGGAGCCAUCGCUGGUGUCCUUCAAGGCUACAGAGGCACUCGCGUGCUUGACGGCCGCUGGCAACGGCAGCGGUGGCGACAGCGGCAACACGGCUAAGGAAGGUGUGCCGACAGCGUCGGCGUCGGCGGCCGCGCCACCGUUCCCGUUCUCGCGUGUCCCAGUGGAGACGCUGGCGAUGCUCGCCGACAGAGUCCUGGUGUUAGACACACACGACCGAGUGUUCGUGUGGAGCGGGUCCGCCGUGUGCGGGCCCGAGUUCGAGGCCGUGCGAGAGGCGUGCAGGGGCGUUUUUGCCGGAGAGGCGGGCUCACGAUUUCCCUACGCGCCCGUGGUUUUCCUGAAGGACGGAACAUCUUGGUCGCGCUACCUGACGUCGAGGCUAAUCCCUUCCCACAAGGACCCCGUGGAAGAGCAGCUCAGGGGUUUCCCUAACCUGGCCGGCGUUCCCGAGGCGGAGGUGGAGCAGCUGAGGGCCAAGCUUCCCCCCACCGACGACGAGAGCUACCGCGAGUUCUUCUGGGAUGUUUGCGAUCCCAACUUCCAGUAG